UCGGACCCGAUGAGAGCAACCACGCGUGGACAAAAACACACGGCAUACGUUUAAAAACUCCAACGAGCACUUAACUGGCACGGGAUCAGAGUCAAAAAGCAGGAGAUUACAAGCAACUACUUUGUGGACACUUGCGUGCAUUGCCUGGACGCGUUGCUUUUCUUUAUGCGUUUGUUGGCGCUGGAUUGCAAAUGAUUUGUUUGGGAUACAUAGGAUAAUUUAUGACGGACGUGUUAUAGGACUGAAUAAAUCUCUUGCGGGUCUUUGGAUAAAGCAAUCAUGCAGGGAGCCGGGACUUUGGUGCUGGGGACCCUUCUGGUUUCUGUGUUCUCAGCUGUCUCGGUCCACAGCAAUCUUUUGUCUUCACUACCACCCGCCUCUGCUCCACGAGUCUCCCUGUCCUUCAAAGAGUUGAAGUCUACUGAAACUGCCCAUCAUUUUGCUUUCCUGCUCAACUCGACGGACUACAGAAUCCUUCGCAUGGAUGAGGAUCAUGAUCGCAUGUAUGUGGGCAGCAAAGACUACAUUCUAUCUCUAGACCUGAAUGACAUCAACAAAGAGCCCCUCAUAAUUCACUGGCCCGUCGCUCCUCAGAGAAGAACCGAGUGUGUCCUCUCCGGAAAGGACAUCAAUGGCGAGUGCGGUAAUUUCAUUCGUCUCAUCGAACCGUGGAACCGAACUCACCUGUACGUGUGUGGAACGGGAGCCUACAACCCCAUCUGUACCUAUGUGGACAGAGGGCAGAGGUCACAGGCCUUGCUUCAAGAUCAGCUGCCUAGCACGGGAGGCCGCACCAGUCGAGCCGCAGACCCUAGCGCAUCACCAGAGCCAUACGCACCCCAGGAAUACAUUUUCCGUCUGGAGCCUGGUAAAGUCGAUUCUGGGAAAGGAAAAUGCCCCUACGACCCGAAACUAAACAGCGUCUCGGCUCUGAUAAAUGGCCAGCUGUAUGCCGGAGUCUACAUCGAUUUUAUGGGAACGGAUUCUGCCAUAUUUCGCACAUUGGGCAAACACACUGCCAUGAGGACCGACCAAUACAACUCCCGCUGGCUUCAUGAUCCAACAUUCGUCCAUGCCCAGCUCAUUCCUGACAGCGCGGAAAAAAAUGACGACAAGCUUUAUUUCUUCUUCCGUGAGAAAGCAUCCGAGAUGGGUCAGACUCCCAUGGCCCAGUCCAGGAUCGGCAGAAUUUGUCUGAAUGAUGAUGGAGGACACUGCUGUCUGGUGAAUAAGUGGAGCACCUUCCUAAAGGCUCGGCUCAUCUGCUCCGUGACUGGCUUGGAUGGAAUUGAAACACAUUUCGAUGAGCUCCGUGACGUGUACAUCCAGAAGACCCAGGACACCAAGAAUCCCGUCAUCUACGGCGUCUUCUCCGUGUCUGGGUCAGUAUUUAAGGGUUCAGCAGUAUGUGUGUAUUCCAUGGCUGAUGUUCGCAUGGUCUUCAAUGGUCCUUUUGCUCAUAAAGAAGGGCCAAACUACCAGUGGGUGGCAUACCAGGGCAAAAUUCCUUACCCUCGGCCAGGAACAUGUCCAGGAGGAACAUUCACACCAAACAUGAAGUCUACCAAAGAUUACCCAGACGAGGUUAUCAACUUCAUGCGCACCCAUCCGACCAUGUUCAAUGCAGUUUAUCCAGUCCACAAGCGCCCCCUGGUGGUUCGCACCAAUGUGGAUUAUGAAUUUACCACCAUCACUGUAGACCAAGUGGCUGCAGCAGAUGGAAACUAUGAAGUCCUUUUCUUAGGAACAGAUAGAGGAACAGUUCAGAAGGUGAUUGUGUUACCCAGAGAUGAUCUUCAGACUGAAGAGCUGGUUUUGGAGGAGGUGGAGGUCUUCAGAGUUCCAACUCCAAUAACUACAAUGAAAAUUUCACCAAAAAGACAACAACUAUAUGUGAGUUCAGCGAUGGGCGUCACUCAUCUGGCCCUGCACAGGUGUGAUGUGUAUGGAGAAGCGUGUGCUGACUGUUGCUUGGCCAGAGAUCCUUACUGUGCCUGGGAUGGGAAGUCCUGUUCUCGCUACUCAGCAAACCAAAAAAGGCGGAGUCGGAGGCAAGAUGUGAAGUAUGGCAAUCCUAUUAGACAAUGCAGAGGCUACAACUCUAAUGCUAAUAAGAAUACAUUGGAGACGGUGCAGUAUGGAGUAGAAGCAAGCACAGCCUUUCUGGAGUGUCAGGCCAGAACUCCCCAUGUGUCCAUCAAAUGGCAUUUCCAGAAAGAGAACAGUGAUAGGAGAAGAGAGAUCCGUUCUGACGGGCGCGUAGUCCGCACAGAUCAGGGUCUCCUCCUGCGCUCUCUUCAGCUCUCUGAUGGUGGAGUUUACCAGUGCACCGCCACCGAGAAGAACUUCAAACAUACACUGGUCAGACUGCAGCUGGUGGUUCUCUCCGCCCGCACCGUCAACAGCAUCCAGACCGAAACCACCGCCCCCGCCGCCCCGCCUCUUCAGUCCAGCAGCGCCUGGACACCCAGCGCAGAGCAGUACAAAGAUCUGCUGACCAUCCUGAGCCAGCCCGAGAUGGGUCUCAUCAAUCAAUACUGCCAGGACUAUUGGCAGAUGGGCGAUGACCCCACGGCCCACGCCCACAAGAAAAAGGACAUCAAGGAGGUGACGAAAGACCUACGGAAGCCACGAAACAGGAGACACCACCAAGAUCAGGACAGCAUGGCAGAGACAUGAAAUGCAAAUCGUCCAUAAAGGAAAUUUCCCACAUACGCAGGAGUUACUUGCCGAAAAUAUUCAGCGUAAACCAUAACCACAAUGACUGAGGAGAAUAAACAGUAUUUAUUGUAGGCUGUAAAUACUUAGAUUCUGUGGAUAUCUUUGUAUGGAAAUAGAGCAAAAAACAUGUGUAUAGACCUUACGUGCAAAUAUUUUGUUAUCAUCGUAACUUCCCUCCGACGUAUUUAUUACAAUGGGUUUUACCAUGUCAACACGCCGUGUUUCCAUGAUAUAAGCUUCAAUGUAUAUAUCACUAACCGGAUAGUUAGUGAUCAUAAUCUCUGGGCAUUUGAGGUCCCCGAUGGACAGUUUGACUGCACUUGAUGUUUUGAUACCACAGCUAUGAUGGGACUGCAAGCUCUUGUACAUUUGGUGGAGUCACAUGAGGACAUGCUCCCAUUCUGCAGAUGUACCGAAACAUUUUUACAUGCAUUUGAAUUAUCUGUGACCUUGAAAAGGGAAAAAACAAACACUUUAAUAUCAUUCAAAGUUCUUUUAAUCUUCUUGAUCUUCCAUAUGUUGCUAUGCUAAUGUGUGUUAAAUAUAAGUCGUUUCUGUAUGUUCAGAUAUUUGGUUGGUUAUUGAUAACAGCUUUCUGUACAGUAUGUACACAUUGACACAUUUUUUUUGUAAACAUUUGUAAAAUAUGUACUAUUGCACGCACAAAGUAAAAAAAAGCUACAAAUGGGGUUCAAAACCUGGUCAUCUCUUUGCAAAUGGGAUUCGGAGCAACCUGUAAUAUUAAAUAAAUACUUUACACUUUAUGUGUAUCUUCCCAAAAAGAAAACUUUUAGACAAAAACCUGAUCUCACGAGAGAAUUUGUACUUAUUUUAUGAGUUGGCAAAUUUGUAAUUUGUACAAAGUGAAUUGUAUGAAAACGUAUGAUAAUUAGAAAAAAACAAUAUUACACUGUAAAAAAAGUCGAUUUAAAAUAUUAUUUUAAGUUUUGACUUGUGAUAAGUUGCAAUUUUUUUUUUUGCAAUUUUUACAGUGUACCCCACAUCACAUGACAAAGCAAAUCGUACAAAACUAAUUUAAUUGUACGAAUUCAUCUGAAAUAGCCAACUCGUAAAAAACGUACGAAUUGCUAUUAGAUUGUGUUGGGUAGAAAGCACCUCUGUACAUUAAUAAGUGAUUUGGGCCAUGCAUAAGACAUCUAUAGUCUAAACGAAACUUUAGGGGGCUCGGUUGAGUUUGCAUGAAAUGUAUUUGUACUGUACAGAUAUGUAGUCAAAUUCUGGAUAUGUUGCUGUGUCGAUGUUUAUGGCUGGUCUGUGACAUGAUCUGAGAGAAAGUCAAAAAGUAAGGAUGAUUUGUAAAGACAAAGGACUUGAGUGAUUGAAUGAAGCACAAUUAAUUGUCUGUUUCGCCUCUGUUGAAUCUGUAAACAGAGCGUGUGAAAUGAUCGUUGUAAUUUUUUCUUUUCGUUCGUAAGACAUUCAUACCUGUGGAUUGUCCACUUGUUUUGUCUUUUUUAAGAUAAUCUAAUGUGCGGAAAAAGAUCCAGAAUUAGAUGUUAUGAACAGUUAAUGUUAUAGUAAUGUAUUUUUUAUUUGUUUUCUUUUCCAUCAUUGUCGUUGACUAAUUAAAGUUAUAUAUUUUAUAACAAAUACAAGUUCAGAGCCUCUUUGCAAACAUUUUA